GCCUCAUUUCAUAACACUAGAAGUGCAAUAUUCUAUUGUGCAUUCACUGUAAGUUCACUUUUGUGCGGACAAGUCGUAUAAGAUGUAGUUAGAGAGAGAGAGAGAGGAGAGUUGAAGAAAUGCGAGUCAUCGAAAUGAUGUCUUCGACGUAUGGUAUUAUUACUGAAUUUUUAUCAUCGUUAUCAAUGAAUUUUAAUUAAAGGUGACAAGUGAUUUUGGAGUAGAAUUAUUAGCGUUUGACAAGCAAAAUGGGUGAUUGGGAUGAUGACGAUUUCGAAGUUGAUGUCAAACAACUGGAUGAAAAGAAGCAUACCGUAGUGGAUGAAGAAGCGGGCGACAAACCAGAGCCGAAUCAAUUACUUCAUACAACCAAAUCGGCAGCGUCUUCAUCGAAAUCAAAGAAGUCGAAUGAUCCGCUUAAUACCUUUAGUGCUGACCUAAAUCGUGAAUUGACUAGAAAGGAAAAGGAGCAGUUGCAGAGGAAAGCUGAUUUGAUGCUUGCAAAGGAUUUGUUUGGUAUUGACGAGGAUGAACCACUGACAUACGCGGAGUUGACUUCCCUGGACGAAUUUAGGACUUUUGGUGAGAAUAUUGGCAAAAUGCUUUCAGCGCGAUCAAAUGCUACUCACUUUUCCGAGAUGCUUAUUUCGCUUCUCAAAGUUGUUCUUUCACAUACCGAUGCAAGCAAAGCAAGAGUUUUGAGUACGUUUGUGAAAACUAUGGCGGAUGAAAAGACGGCAGCUGAAAAGAAAGCAAAAGGAAAGGGCGCAGCAGCGAAACCGACGAUAAGGAACAUGGGUAAGUCAAAUGUUGCUUCGGCUAAAGCAAAGAAGGAUCUGUAUGACGAUUAUGUAUCUGAUGAAUACGAUGACUAUGCCGAUCGUUUUAUGUAAUGUAAAGUGAUGAUUCCAUUCUAACUGCGCUCAAGUUUUCGUUGUUUCGUUUUUGUAUGAAUUUUUUUUCGAGACUAUCGUUCAUAUUUUGUUGCCUAACAUUCUUAUAGCUGAUGACCAUUUUGCACUGUGUUUUACUUACGAAAAUUCAAAGCUUGAAUGUAAGGGCAUUAGGAAAAGUUAUCACUUUCAUCACGUGUCUUGAUUAAUAUAUUGUACUUGCAUUUCAUGUUUUUUUUCUUCAUUAGAUACAGUCCAACGCAAUUCUUUAAAAACAAAGUUUUGUAGACGAGCCUUAUUAUGUUAUACUUCUCGCUACGGUUUUGUUUCUCGACCUGUAUUUCACAUCGUUUAUUCUUGUAUCAAUGCAAGUGCGAUGAUGAUUUGCAGAUAUGAUCAGAAAUGUGAAAACUUUCAAACAGCAUAAGAUAUCAAUUUAAUUUAACC